AUUACGUUUAGGGAAGCGUACAUGUUUGUGUCAUGUGAUCGCUUGCUAAAUGCCUUUAACAAGAUAAAGAAUCUAUCACAACGGUGUAAGGGAAGGGAGCAGUGCAAGGAGGCUACUCAUAUCCCGUUUGUACACAACAUGGCAGAUGACCUGAAGAGAUACUUAUACAAACAGUUGCCCACGGUUGAAGGCCUGCAUGCAAUAGUAGUAACAGACAGAGAUGGAGUUCCUGUAAUCAAAGUUGCCAAUGACAAUGCUCCAGAGUAUGCCCUACGACCCGGCUUUCUCUCCACAUUUGCACUGGCGACAGAUCAAGGCAGCAAGCUGGGGCUCUCCAAAAACAAAAGCAUCAUCUGUUACUACAACACAUAUCAGAUUGUGCAGUUUAACCGAUUACCCUUAGUAAUCAGCUUCAUUGCAAGUAGCAGUGCCAACACAGGCUUGAUCAUCAGUUUGGAGAAGGAGCUUGUUCCUCUGAUUGAGGAACUGAGGCAGGUGGUAGAGGUUGCCUAGGAGUCAGGCAGCAUUACAACUACUGCAACAUCAUACACCUGGUUCAGGUCAAUAGAGCCACACACGGGCAUCUAGGAUAUUGCUAUAAUUCCCCUUGUGUUGACACACGUGCACCUGUAUAAUGUUAGCUGUGAAACUGUAUUUCAUGUGAGUUGCUCUUGAUGCUGUAUGUUUCUCUUAUGAAUGUAACCCUUUCUGUUGGUUUGUUUUCUUGUAAUUAAAACAUUUAAGACAGUGUAUAAAAAUAACAUUUAUAGAAAAUUUACAUUUUACAGAAGUAAAUGUUUUAUGCAAAGAAGACAGAACUUUUUCUGCAUUCCUCCAUCCUUGAGCUGAGUUGUUUGCUAAGUAGAACUGUAUAUUCAGUGCAAGUUCACAAACAUCACAUUAAAACAUGUCUUUUCUCUGCUGGUCUUUGAAUAUUACAGCAGAGGGGAAGCCACACUAUUGUGUGAACAAUUCAGUUUUUUUUUAAAUAUAAAUAAGUACACACCAUACUAGAAAGGUUUAAUUAAAAAAUAAAAUAUUGGAAACUUGUUUGCAAAUUUAGUUUUUUUUUUGUUAUUUUGUUUUGUUUUUUGCAAAAACACUAGAAAAAUGGAGAUAUCUUUGGUCCCUUCUUUCAUGUUAGAGUCACAUCAUAAAUCUACUUUAAAUUCCAUGCUCCAGAAUGUGUCAAAGGUGCAGUCAUAAUCACCUUGAUAGAACAAUCUGAGCUAACGACUAUCACAAUGGCUGUCCAUAUCAUUAUGGGUCCACCAUCAUGUUUAAGACUUGGCAACAAACAUUGUAUGCUAAAAGCUUCCUAAGUUUUUCUCUAGACAUAAACAAGUCUGCAAUUAAGAGAGUGAAAAACAGCGUUAAAAAUAAUGGUAAUUUAACAUCUGUGGAGAGCUCUGGCUUGUGACCACUCAUCUUUCUCCUGUGCAAUUUGGUGAUAUCAAAUCACCAAGGCUGACUACUUGGCCUCUUUCACUUAUAGUUGUUGUCUGUUGCUUUGAAAACUCACGUCAAACUUUGACCUCUUUGUGAUGUGAUGUACUGCUAAUUGAUACUCAUUCAAAUUACUCAUUUGCAUAGCCGCCUUUGUAAUUCUGAUUCAAGUUACUUCAGAUGUUAGUCUUUUCGGUGUGGUACUUCUGUUACAUUGUCAGUACCUUCUACUGCACUGCUGUAUGAGCCAGUGCUGCAGUGUCCUACUUGGUUCCACAGGGGAAAAAUAAAUUUAAAUGGCCACAGUUA